UAAGCCUUAAUGUUGAUAAUGUCAUAACCUUAAAACUUGGGUCACUCACAGAUAAUGAGUAAAAGAAAAUAGAGCCAAACAUCUAAGCGCAUCAGUUUUAAAAUAUCUUUUGCUUGUGAUACUAUGACGCGUUAGAAGCCUUUAAGUAAAAGCAGGGAGAGCUAGACACCACCCACCCAGGAACCUCCUCCAAUCAUACGGGUGCCCAGGCGCUGCUCAGUCACAGAACGGUGAAAUCGAGAGAGGGGACAACACGCUGUUUGCCCCGGCUGGCUCACUGUAAGGCAAUGACACCGGGAUAAAACACCCGAAGCAAUUUCACUAACUUUUACUUUUGUUUUCUGUACCUGGGAAAAUUUCCAAUCACAGAUCUCAUCUUUUUCUUUCUUUUUUUUUAUUUUAUUUUCUAUAUCCCACGGUGAACGUCAAGCGGCUCCAAGGCUUCAAGUUACACAUAUAGGAGCAGGCUGCAAGUUUCAAAUGGGCAGACCUUUUGCGGCGACUGGCUCACAAGCAUGGGAUUAUUCGUCCAAUGUGGCGUGAAAAUAAGGAUCUGCUGUUGAACGAUGUGAGACGUUGCGCUUCUUGGAUUCUCGCGUUUCUGGAUAUCUUGAAAAUCAUUGGCAACAGUUGAAAAGAGAAGGGAGCAUUUUUAAAGGAAAAAGGAUUGUGUGUACACUCAUAUUGGGACCAGCAAUGGAUUUACUCCCCCCGAACCCUGUUUUCUGAGAAGUUAUCACUUGUUCUGUUUCUUUUUUUUAUUUCUAUUAUUAUUAUAUAUAUAUUUUUAAAGAAAGUUUUUGCUGAAGAACAAAUAGCCGCAUCGGCUAUUUAAAGUUUUGGAACCCGUCGCUCAGCCCUUGCUUUAUAUUGGACUGGAUUUCAAACACCAUGAACUUUAUUGACAGUUUGACACUAUUAUUUUUGACACUGUCAGCUGUCAAGAGUGCCCACAUACCGAGGGAAACAGAGAGAGGUCCACAUGACGUGAUCCCUUUGUUGGAGGUUAUCAACAAGAGUUCGUGUCAGCCCCGGGAGGUGCUGGUGGAUAUCUUGCAGGAGUACCCGGAUGAGGUGGAGCACAUCUUUAUCCCAUCCUGCGUGGUACUAAAGCGCUGCGCCGGCUGCUGCCUCGACGAGAAGAUGCAGUGCUUCCCGACAGAAACUCGUAAUGUCACAAUGGAGAUUAAAAGAUCAAAACCUCUAAGGCAACAAAAUGAUGUUUUCAUGAGUUUUACAGAACACAGCGCAUGUGAGUGUAGGGUAAAGCCAGAAUUCAGAGAAAAGAAAGAAAAAAAACCCCGGACAGGCAAAGGCAAAGGCCUAAAGAGAAAGCGAAAGAAAAACCGUGACAAAACAAUUCACGAUGCUGUCUGUGAACCAUGUUGUGAUAACUGCUCAGAGAGGAGAAAGCGUUUGUUUGUGCAGGAUCCUUCAACCUGCCGGUGCUCCUGCAAACACACAGUUGAAUACUGUAAAGAACGCCAGCUAGAGCUCAACGAGAAGACCUGCAAGAUAUGAAAUAACUUGCCCCUUGCUUUCUACCGCUGAAACUCCUGCAGAUGUGACAAGCCGAGGAGAUGAGAGAGGUGCCAGCACCAGAUGUACAAGAUGAAGGAACAUUUUAAAGAUAUUUCAAAGCACAGCACUUUGACCUUUAUACCCUAAGCUCUUUUCUGUGGAAAGCAUUCCCCCUGCAUGGACAGAACAAAGAGAAAGACUGAAGUUUCCUCCCUCUGUAUAUCUGUGUGUAUAUAGAUAAUAUCAAAAGAAAAAAAGUACAGAUUUGUUAUGCUGCUACAAAAACAAACAACUAAAACCCAUCAUUUGACUAAAAGCGGAGUAGCCGUCAUGUGGUUUUGCGUUUCUAAUAGGCUUUCGAUGCAGAUGAUGUCUAAUUGUCAAUUCAUUGUAUGCGAUUACUUCACUGGAUUUGAGUCUACUGUGGUUAUACGUCAGUCAUAACAAGCAAAACCUCUAGAUAUAUUUAACUUCUAAAACAGUGGGUGAGACUGAAGAAGACAUGGGUGUGCUCUGCUUUUUUAAUAUGAUGGUUGGACUUUCGUUGGCUGACGCUUAUGGAAUGAAAAGACUGGACAAAUGGGACAACGGAUGGAAAACUGUCUCUGCUCAAGAUUGCUUCCCUCUGAGGACAUUGCAGGACUUGCAGACUUUCACAUUUCAAUGUUGCGCUGCUCAGGGGGGGGACUCUGGAAUGAUGGUGCCAUAUACUUUCAAAGGGAUACUGGUCGAUGAUAUAGCAUUUAAUAUUUUACAAUGUUCUACAAGAAAACCACUGAAAAAUCCUAUAUACUGUAGAUUGAUUCCAUUUGAACUGUGCCUCACUCAAUGUACUGAGAAAUCCUGAGUGGUUUUUAAAUUAUUUUUUUUUGUUUUCUUUGCAGAAGAGGAGAUUGUUAAAGUUUUCUUUAUUGAACACACUAUCAUUGAUUAGACAUCUUGUCUGAACAUGUACAUAGAUAUCCCUUCGUGCCAUUGUUCAUUCUAGAUAAUUUAUAAUGUUAUAGAUUAUUUUUCAGUAUUCAGUCUUGUAAACAUAUUUAAUUUGGUCUAUUUAUGUAUGCUGUGUUAUGUACUUGUAGCUGUCGUUUUUUUUUUUUUUUUCAUAUGUGUAAGGUCACUGAUGGCUACUUUCACCAUGGCUCUCAAGGCUUUUCUAUAAAACAAGUUU